GAAAGAUUUCCGCUACCGGAAAUGACGUUCUGUAUAUCAAUAUUUACGUCAUCCAUCAAUCACUUUGACAGUUCGAUUAUUGCAUUCGACUAAAUCGCUUAUAAUUUGCGGGGUAAAUCCAUAGAAAAGCAAAAAUGACUGACGACUUUGUAUUUGAUACGGAAUACGGUUUGGAAUAUAGUGAAGACAGUACUUCAGAGCCGGAUGUCGAUUUAGAAAAUCAAUACUAUCUAGCAAAAGGCAUUAAGGAAGACAAUGCAAAAGGUGCGAUUCCAGCGUUUGAAAAAGUGCUGGAGUUACAGGGCGAUGUGCGAGGCGAAUGGGGCUUUAAGGCGUUGAAGCAACUGGUGAAAAUUCAUUUUGCAUUGAAAAACUAUGUGGAAACUAUGAAGUACUACAAGGAAUUACUGGGUUACAUAAACAACGCGGUUACGAAAAAUCACGGCGAGAAAUCAAUCAAUUCGAUUUUGGAUUUCACAUCGAACUCGACCGAUAUUGAGAUGCUUCAAAAGUUUUACGAAACUACCUUAGAAGCAUUGCGCAAAGGAAAAAAUGAACGAUUAUGGUUUAAAACAAAUACCAAACUGGGAAAAGUGUUUCUAGAGCGAGGAGACUUUUUCAAAUUAUCGGGCAUAAUUAAAGAACUAAAGAACAGCUGCAAGUUCGAAGAAAAUGAUCUGGAUCCCCACAUGGGGACUCAGAUGCUCGAGAUAUUCGCACUUGAAAUUCAAAUGUAUACGGAACAAAAGAACGAUAAAAAACUUAAAAAACUGUACGAAAAGUCGUUGAGGGUGCGAUCAGCGGUGCCACAUCCCUUGAUAAUGAGCGUCAUCCGAGAAUGCGGUGGCAAGAUGCAUUUGCGCGCUGGCGAAUUUGACAAAGCCUAUACCGAUUUUUUCGAAGCUUUCAAAAACUAUGACGAUUCAGGAAAUCCACGUAGAAUUAACUGCCUAAAAUACUUGAUUUUGAACAGCAUGUUGAUGAAAAGUGACAUCAAUCCGUUCGAUUCACAAGAGGCAAAACCGUACGCUAAUGAACAGGAGAUCAAGACUUUUAUGCUGCUCAUAAACGCAUUUCAAAACUCGAAAAUUGAGGAAUUUGUCGAAAUUUUUGAGAAAAACAAGAAAUCGCUAAUGGCUGAUCCAUUCAUCCGAGAACACGUAGAGCAACUGAUCAAAUGCGUUCGCGGCAAUGCGAUUCUACUUCUCGUAAAGCCGUACAAGAUCAUAAGCAUUCCAUUCAUAAGCAAAAAUUUGAAUAUUGACGAAGAAGAAGUGGAGAAUUUGCUUGUUUCCCACAUUUUGGAUGGCUCGAUUAAAGGGCGAAUUGAUCAAGUGAAGGGAGUCUUGAGAAUGACUGAUAACAGCACUGCUGACCGAUAUGUUGCCCUGGAAAAAUGGGCGCAAAGUUUGGAAAUCGCAUGUGAUUCGAUUUUCUUAUAAGCUAAAGAUUCGUCUUAUUUUGCUACUGUUACUCUGAUGUUUUUUGAGUGAUUUCUUAGACUAAUUUGAGUUUUUCCGUGUAAAAAUAAAGGAAGUUUAUUGGUUUGCCAACAGGAAAA